AUGGAAGAGCGUAAAAGACCUUCGCCUUACGAUUCCGUCGAAUCCGCUCCUCCGCUGAAGAAGCAGGCCACUUCUGCAAAUGGCGCAUCCAAAUCUCACAAGGACGAUGACAUGCCUUGGAAAGAUGAUCUAGAGAGGUUCCAGAAAGAUGCGAUAUUCCGACAGAUGCAGGAAUAUAAGCGGGAGAAAAACUCUCUAGAGGCUCAAUUGAAAGAGAUGCGGAAGAAGGCCCGAUAUCACGAUGAGCAUGUCCUAACGAUUGAUUCAUGGUUCCAACAAGUCAUCGACGAACUCAAAGUCGGCGGCGAAGGUGAUAACGACGUGGACAUGGACGCUGAGUCCUCGUCGUCUGCGCUGCUUUUCUCGGAUCUGGAACAAUUCGAAGAACAUCUACGCAGCCGCAAGGAACAGAUCAAAGUUGUAAUUUCAAAAUUGGCCGCUCUCCAAAAGUCGUCAUCGCCUGAUGUAGCGACAUUGCAAUCACAAAUCAAUAAGUUGACGGCGAGAGAAAAGAGUCAAAGGGUCGAACUACAGCGAUUGCAGAUGGAGAAAGAUGAUCUGGAUCACCAGCUAGAAAAUGCCUCGCUCAGAUAUAUGACGGCCGAACGCAAGAUUGACAGGGCGAAGAGUGUAACGGUCGCCAAACUCGAAAAACAGGCUUUACUAGGUGCAACCAAGCCCUCAGCGGAGGAGAGCGGCCCGGUCAAGAGAGAAGAGAGCACGCUCAAUGGUGCAACGGACAAUUCAGAAGAGCUAGCCGAAUUAGAAAAGGAAUUGAACAAGACGGUUGCGGCCCUGGAAAAGCAAAAAGAGCAAUUGGACAGGUUGGAGGAGGAAAAUGCCAAGUUGACCGCACAGUUAACGGAGGUUCAAACAAAAUCGGCAACUUUGACGGACGACGACUUUGCAAAAACCGAGUUAUUCAAGCAAUUGAAAUCGCAGCUCGAGGAUAUGAUCAAGAAAUUUAAUAAUCUGGAAGCCGCCAAUACCGAACUCAAGGAAGAAGCCUCGAAAUUGCGGUCCGAAAGGACGACAUACCAACUUCAGCUGGAAAACGAAGAACGAGUGGCUAUAGCAGAGAAGGAGUCUCUGUUGGCGGCAGCAGAGGCCAAUCUGGCAAGGAUUCGACACAGCAGAGAUGAAUUAUUGGCAGAUCAGGCUGUUAAGCAAGCUUCUCUGGAUCAGAACCAAGACGCCGUGAAAAAGAUAACGGAAUUGGCUUCGGCACAAGAGGACCGUAUCCGGGCGCUUGAAUCCGAAAACGAGCGGCUCACACUUCAGUCAGGCGAGAUGGUGAUGGACAACGCGGAGUUGGAUGCUUUGGGUCUGGAAGAUCUGCGGGCCAGAUACCUUGAACUCGAAAAGAAGUAUAAUCUCCUGAAUGGGGAACUCGCGUCCAUGUCGACAGCAUUCCAAAAGACCUCAAAGAUCGCCAGUCAAAAAGUUUCCGAGUUUGCCUCCAUGGAAGAGAAAGUGCUAAAGCUGUCAAUGGACAAGACCAAAGCCGAUCAAAAAUUCUUCGCCGCGAUGAAAAGUAAGGAAACCCAGGCCGGUGAAAUUAGAACGUUGCGGCUACAAAACGCCAAAUCCGCAGAGGCAAUUGCCUCGUUGAAAGAAGCCGAAGCCUCUACGCGAGCCUUGUUGGCGACAGCGGACAAGCAGCUAUCCGAACUUAAAGAUGCCCUAGCACACAAGAUCAACGAACACCGAACCGUCCAACAACAAAACAUCACGCAAGGACUUGAAAUAUCCAGAUUAAACGCCCAAAUAACGGAGCUGAAGACCCAGGCAACCGCCAAAGACGUCAAACUCGCCUCCGCUUCUAGCGCCUGCCGUGCAGCCGAAGUCGAAGUGGAAGAGCUUAGGUCCUCGCUCAAAGACACACGCAGAAAUCUCGAGACAUGGAAAUCCAAGUCGGGACAGUCCGAACAAUAUGAGAUAUUGAGGCAGUUUGCCUACUGUAAUAUCUGCAAGCGGAAUCUGAAGAAUACCGUGAUCAAGACAUGCGGGCAUACGUUCUGCAAUGAGUGUGUGGCUGAGCGGCUGACAUCGAGGGCGAGGAAGUGCCCGAAUUGUGGGAAGGCGUUUGGCGCGAAUGAUCAUAUGCGUAUCACCCUCUGA